AACACAUCGUUGUUAACGCCGUUUAGUGUAUUUAACUACGUCGUUGUUCAUUGACACGAUGAAAGCACUGCUUUCCUUUAUAGGACUCGCGACGUUCCCCGAUCCAGAUCAUACGACGAAUGCAUCUCCUUGGCUUCGUCGACAACAGUGAAACUUAUGGCUUCUUCGAUUUUGGGAUCAUCGACUCGCAGGGACUUAGUUCGUAACUCGAACAUACACGAGAUUCAAAUCAGUUCAUGGUGACAUAAACUAUUGCAAAAAGAGAGACCACAAGCGGGAUGAUGGAUCCGACCAUGAUGGUGUUGCAGAAACUUAUGUACGAGGUAGUUAUCCAGGGGUCGAAACACCAUCAUGGUCAGAUCCGUCAUCCCACUUAUGUUUUUUUAGGUCAACAAGGAUAUUGGACAAUCGAAAAGUGGAGCUCUAUUUAUGACGGUAUGUUUAUGUAUCUCUUGGAAGUAUAUACUUAAUCAAACUCCCUUUAUUUGAAUUUUAUGUGGAUAUUGGCAGUUUGAGAUUAACCAUCUCAAUAACAAACAUCUUGAAUGUGUUGAGGUUGAUCACGAUGAUGCCACGUCCGGUUUCAUUCAGGGACUUCAAUUCAGAACCAACUUCAUGGUUUUUGAACUAAUUGGAUAUGAUAAAUGGUACCAAGUUUUCACUUGCAUUCAAGGGACAUAUAUCAUUGGGUUUUUACUUUUAUGGAUAUAUGACUAUGACAUACACGAUUAGAAGCUAAAGGUUGCGGGAGGCAAGCAGUGGGAUAAUGAUCUGCAAGUGGAACUUCUUACUUUUAUCAUAUCCCAUCAGCUCGAAAGUCUUGAUGUUAGUUUUGAAUUGAAGUGCUUGAAUUAGACCAGAUGAAUAGUCAGUAGUCACAACCCUCUACAUAUAUGAGAUCUUCAGGCGUUGAGAAGAUUAAUCUCAAAACUGUAACAGAAAAGUUGGUGGAAAAUUAAGUCAAUAAUCGCCAACUUGAGAGACCAUGCACUGAUACAUCUUUAUGUUGUCGACUAUUGAUAUAAUCGACCUUAGUACUAGAAACAAAUAUAGGGAUGAUGGGUUUUUCGGCAGCAUAAAAAAAGUGUACAUUCGCUUUGAUAACCACUUAACUACCGUGUAUCAAAUUUAAUUCAACAACAGUAACACAGUGGGAAAACAUAUGCACAAGGUAAUUCGUUCAGACUCUAUAUGUAUGAUUAUCUAAACUAGUUCACAAUGAUCGAAAUGUUGGAAGCGAUAGGCAUACUGGGAGGUGGUGACAUCGGUAUUCAGACCAUCCAUUUUGAAUAUGUCAAACUUAAAAGUGGAGAACUCUUUGGUGUUUGGGAUAGUGGUUUCACACAAACGGUAUGUCUUUGAAAUAUAUUAAGCUAUAGCGUACCAAAAGUUAUGUUGCACUCGUACGGUGUCCCAGUUCGAAACAUAAAUAAAACUUCUUUUAUCCGUUUUCGCUGUAUCAAUGUUACUUAACAAUAUUUGUUUUCUUUUCUAAUGCAGAUUGAGAUUGACCAUCUUAACAAUGAGCAUCUUGAAUCUGUUGAGGGUUAUUACAACAAUACAUCCUGUAACAUUUGAGCACUUCAAUUUAAAACCAAUUUCAAGGUUUUUAAACUGAUUGGAUAUGGCAAGGGUGCCAAUUUUAUACUUCCAGUCAAGGGAAAGAUUAUCAUUUGGUUUCAUGGGUAUAUAAGAAGCCGGACUUGUCCACUAGUAAACUCCCUUGAAGCAUAUUUCACAUGGAUUCCUGCUAGUAAAUUAGAAGCAAAAGGCAGCAAGGGAGGCACACAAUGGGAUGAUGGAGCAGACCAUGAAGAUAUAAGAGGUGGUUUUGAAGGCAUUCAAUACAUCAAGUUCGAUUAUGUCAAGAGUGGACAACCUAAAAUUGGCUCAGUCCACGGUCUCUCGGAGGGUUACUACGACGACGAGUCUAGAGCAUUCAAAACUAACAGAAAGACUUCUGAGCUGCUGGGAUAUGAAAAGGAUAAGAAGUUUUCACUUGCACACAAGGGAAGGAAAAUCAUUGGAUUUCAUGGAUAUGCUGAGAAGAACCUCAUUUCUCUUGGAGCAUAUUCCACAACAGUUUCUGUUAGUAAAUCGGUAUGUCACGGUAGUAAAUUAAACGAGUAUUGGGAUGAUGGUGUUUUCGACGGCAUAAGAAAGGUGUAUGUUAGUUAUUCUAUCAAUCGUGUAGCGUGUAUCACGUUGGACUACAUCAGUAAUCACACAGUUGCGAAGCGUCAGCACGGGAAGAAAAGUUUAAUUCUACUGUAGUUUGAGCUAGACUAUCCAAAUGAAUUUAUCACAUCUGUGGAUGGUACUUUCAAAUAUUCUAGCAUUAGGAAAGUGAACUGCGUUACGUCUUUGGUUUUCAAAACAUCAAAAGGGAAAAUCUCUCCGACAUUUGGAAGCGUGACUGGGACUAAAUUCGUGUUGGAGACCAAAGGUUGUGCUCUAGUUGGGUUCCAUGGAUGGACUUUUCUUCCUUAUCUUACUGCUAUUGGGGCAUAUUUUUCUCCUCUGCCUCUUCCUCCUACUGCGGAGAAACUAGAAUCACAAGGUUAUGACCGAGGAGCUUUUUGGGAUGAUGGUGUUUACGAUGGUGUUAGAAAGAUAUAUGUAGGACAACGUGAAAAUGGUAUAGCAUUUCUACUCGAGAAAGAAGGCUACAAAAUCGCUGGGUUCCAUGGAAAAGCAAGUAGCAUGAUUCGUCAACUUGGGGUUCAUGUCAUGCCCAUCAUCCACUGAUCAUCUAUUCAUCUUCAUAUAUCUUCGAUGUUUCAGUUCUCCAAUUUCUCAUAUAAUAAGAAUCACCGUAUUAAAGCAGUAUUUCAAUUUAGUAUAAACUAGAUUUUAACCCGCGGUACACCGCAGAAUGAUUUAA